CCGAAAUCACCCCCGCGAUUUGGGGGAUUCCCCACCUUUCGGGACGAAUGACAUGCCAAUCCUGCCUCGAUGUCCGUCAGCUCUAAUGCCGGAGCGAAGCUCUAAACCAUUCAAAUGACUCAUGACAGCCGAUAACAGAAGCUGCAGCCAAGAUACCAGAUCUGACAUAACCGAAGAGCUACUGAGCAAUUCAUAUAUACGACAUCUCCCACCCUAUCUCAACCCAUCAUCCAACCUAUCCUCCACCAUGGACCCUUCAACCAACCCCCACCCCCGAUUCGGAUGGAUCGGUCUCGGCUCAAUGGGCCAAGCCAUGGCCCUGAACCUCCAAGCCCAUCUCUCACACAUCAACGCCCCAUCUCUGAAAUUCUACAAUCGAACCGCAGCUCGUGGACUCCCCGUCCAUGAGAUUGGAGGUGUGCAGUACACCAACAUCCCCGACCUCAUCGUCAACACCGAAAUCUGCUUCAUCGCCGUGACUGAUGACACUGCUGUUCGAUCAAUCAUCGACACCAUCACAACAGUAGACCCAGAGCAUCUACGCCAGAAACUCAUCGUCGAUACUACGACCGUCCAUCCAGACACGUCUGCCUGGGCAAAACAACGUCUUGGAGAACAUGGAGCAAUCUACCUCGCAUCACCGGUAUUUGGAGCCACGCCAACCGCGCAAGAAGGCAAGCUAUUGUUUGUGGUUGCGGGCGCGGAUGAGGCCGUGCAGCGGGUGGAGCCGUACAUUGUGGGUAUUAUGGGGAGGAAGAUGAUGAGGUUGGGCGAGGAUGUUACGAGGUCUACGUUGUUGAAGUGUACAGGGAACUUCCUCAUCGGCGGCAUGAUGGAGCUUGUCGCCGAAGCACAAGUGUUGGCAGAAAAGUCCGGUCUCGGUAGCGAUGUUCUCGAAGGGUUGCUUGAAGAGCAAUAUGGUCCUCUUCUCGCCUCUAUGUCGAAGAGGAUGACCGGAGGAUUCUAUCUGCCUGAACGGGGUCAGCGACCGUGGUCAGAUGUGAAUUUGGCCAUUAAGGAUGUCUCGUUGGGGGUGAGUUGUGCCGAGGGCGCGGGAACCGAUUUGCCCGUGGCACGGGUGGUUUUGGAUCAUCUCCGGGCGGCACGGGGGUAUGGAGAGGAGAAUGGACGCGCGUUAGAUUCAUCGUCUAUGUAUGGGGUGUUGAGGGAGCGUGCGGGGCUUGCGUUUGAGUCGGAGAGGGUGAAGCAGAGGGAUGCUGGGGGGAAGUGAUUGAGCUGUGGGGGAGGAUGGUCCGGAGUUAUAUAUAUCGUUAGUGGCUCUUCCGAAGAGCAGAGAACAA